CGCCAAAAUAAAGCUGCCAUAGUAGCCAUGAAGGCGGGAGAUGGGUUUAAAUUUUCCGUUGCAUGGUUUUCAAACAAACAUUUGUUAGCAUACAAAGAUUUUCAAUUGUUUUAUUGCUUUUUUGAUUGUUUCAACAUUUGUGAUUUAUAAUGUCUAGUGAAAAUUUCGACCCAAAAUUAGUUACAACUAAUAAAAAGCGAAAACGGAUAUCUUUUUCAAAAAAUUUAUUGAUGCAAGAACUUCUUAGUGAUGGUUCUACAAGGAUUUUUUCCGAAAAAAUCAAUGAUGAGGAAAAUUGUUCGUUAAUUUCGAUGGCAAUUGAUGAAUCGGACUCAAUUUUCAACAAAACAGUUUAUGACACAAAUGAGAUGGAAUUAUCCCAUUUAUCGCAACUCUCGCAACAAUUUCUUUCGCCACCAACUCGAUCACCAUUAUCCCAAUCACCAUCGAUCUCGGGGAGACAAUCAACUCAAUCACCAUCACCAUCACCAUCAUUUUCAACACAAUCAACAACUCCGUUGUCUAAAUCUCUUAUUCAUUCAGCCAUACCAAGCGAUAUCGAUGAUGCAGUGCCACAAAGCAAUAAUACACCGAAAGAACAAACACUUCAACGAGCUCUUGUACAGGCAAAACAACAAACACCUACUUCAUCAUUUUCUUCUCAAGAUUUAUCCUUGGUAGCUCAAUCACCAUCACCAUCAUUUUCAACACAAUCAUUACCAUCACAAUCAACAACUCCGUUAUCUCCAUCACUAUCUCCUUCAGCCAUGCAACAAGAUAUUGGUGAUACAUUUUAUGAUUCAGUUUUGAUCUACGUAGAUGAAAAAUCUGUCCUUCAAUUGAGCUGUGAAGAUUCGACUCCGGAUCAAUCAAUGAUACAGUAUCAUCAAAGCACAACUUUUGCUGCUGACUUAUUGAAUGAUGAUUCCAUCGAAGUAGAUGAAGAAGAAGAAGGAGUUGAUAACACUCUAAAUUUCAUCGACAAUAGAGCUCCUUCUCCUGUCAGAAAAAUGCUUAACUCGGCCUCCAUCGAUGCUAGAUUGUGGUCGUUUAUUUCAGAAAUAAACGAAGAUUAUGCUUUACUCACCUUUUUGAGAGGAAAUUUUAAAGUUUUAAUCAAAUUUGAUUUACAAGAUGAGGACAACUUGGAAGUUAUCAUGAAUGAAAUUUCAUUACAAUGUCUUAUUGACCAAAACAUAAAAGAAAAGGGUUGGACGCGAAUAAGUGAUGAAGCUGUCCAUUUGCUAACCAAACCAAGAGAUGCAAAACUAAUAAAAAUUAUUAAAAAUUUGGCAGAAGCUCGCUUUGAGAAGUUCAAACAAGAUACAUGUAUCACAACACCAGUGAUGCUGAAUGAUGUUUUGAAAGGGUUGUGUAAAAUUUUCAAUCGCCUCGAAGCUUUGACAGUGGAGUUAGCUGAGUUAAGUUUAAGGCAUGAAUGUAAAAUAAUCAAUGCGGAUAUAACCUCUUUCGAGAUCGCACUUGAAACUUAUGGUUUACGAUACACAUUAUGGGUGGUGCUAUGUUUGGACUUAACAACCUAUCCUGAUUAUCCUUGUAAAGUAAAAUUUGGUGUUCACAAAGCUGAUUUGAAAUUGUACCCCUAUCAUUUAUUGAACCGUGCUGUUAAGAAUGUAUCUACUGGUGAUAGUGAUUAUUUACGAUCUAUUGUGAGGGCAACUAAAAAGUUCAUCAGGGAUUAUCGGCAUGACCAUUCAAGGAAAGCCGUAAGGAUGGUUUUUAAUGCAAAAUACACUGCUAUUCAGACACUGAUAUAUUAAGUUUGUUAUAUCUCAAUAAAAGGAGUGCAUCAAUUUUAUGCAUAAGAAUUGUCAAACCAUCAAACUCAUUGUUGAACUUUUUUCAUAUCAUAACAAUCAUCACAAUUUCAAAAUUUUCAAGCAAAUAAAAUGUAUUGGUAAAUUUAA